CAGGCGAGUGAUCACGCAAGAGGAGGAUGAUGAUUGGGCCCGUCAUGCGCAACGGUCUGGCUACGGCCUCACGUAGAGCGACAGUAGCUCCUUCUACCGUGCUCAGGAGGCAGCCACUCCUUCGCAGAGGCUACGCAGAAGCAGCAAGCGACAAGCUGAGGCUCUCGCUCGUUCUGCCUCACGAGGUCAUCUUUGAGAGCCAAGAGGUACUUCAGGUCAACUUGGCAGCUCAGUCGGGCGAUAUGGGUAUCCUCGCCAAUCAUGUGCCUUCCAUCGAAUCCCUCAAGCCGGGCGUCGUCGAGGUCAUCGAACAGAACGGUCAAGAAGCAAAGAAAUGGUUCGUGUCGGGCGGAUUUGCGAAUAUCCACCCCUCAAAUCUAUUGACGAUUAACGCCGUCGAGGCAUACCCUCUCGAUCAAUUCUCUGCAGAGGCAAUCCGCUCCGGCCUCAGUGAAGCUCAAAAGGUCGCAAGCGGAAACGGAUCUGCAGAAGAAAAAGCAGAAGCGAAUGCAGAGAUCGAAGUCUUUGAAGCGCUCCAGUCUGCUCUCGGUGCACGCUAAGCUCAGCGCGAGGGUC